UCAGGGAGGGUGGAGGAGGGGGUUGUGAACCGAAGUUGUUAUGAGGGUAGGCUAGUGGGAACAAAACAAAGCCAUGAUAUACGAGUAACGAAAAUGAAUUUUCGAAUAGAGACAGCGAGAGGUGUGUGUUGGUAAUAAUUAAAAGUGUGUAAUAGUCGUUCAUUCCGCUGUGACAGGUUGCCGUGUUUUUCUUUUUUUUUUACUCCGCCCGGUGUGGUGCUCGCAAUUGUGUCAACCGUUUAUUAAAUACAAAAUGUUUGUGAAAUAAAUACAGGCUUGCUGCCAUCCCCAGCUGCGUUUUCUGCGUUCUGCUUUUACAUGAUUGUAUACUAAUGUUGAACUAAAUACUAACGAGAAAACUGUAGCACAGCAACUAAAAAAAUUAUGAAAAAUCCCGUACCAAACAAGAAUUAAGAGUUUGAGGGAUACGCAGUAUUAUGAAAAAAACUUCGCGUUCCCGGUGAUGUAGAGAUGAUAAAGUGAUUAAAGAAGGUUCGUAAAUACAGAUUGUGAUUAUAAUCUAAUGGCACUUAAUUGUUCUAUUCGUUGAAAUCGCAAACAUGUUAUUAGAGGCUCCGGAAAAAGAUCUUAUUGGACUCAAAACUUUUGCUAUGUGAUACAGAUGAUGAAAACACUCUCUCACAACCACAAACGUGCGUCAUUGUACCAACCAGUGUAAUAUUAUUUAAUCCAUAAAACUUGAAGGUAUAUCCAGGAAAUGAGUAUUUCAUAAUAGACAAAUCUGACAGUUAUUUUGAUGCAUAUGAUAUAUCGCACAUAAACUACCAACAACGCGAAAAGGCGGUUUUUGUAAAACGGCGGUCCGACUAGUGACCGUGCCGCAACAACUCUGGUCAUGGCCUCCUAUCCGACGUAUCACGAGAACUCCAGUACCAGCGGUGGAGUUGCCAGUGGUGGGAGUCCAGCAUUUGAAGAAGACGGACAUCAUCCAAAAGCAGAUGGAAACAGUUCCUUGUGUUACUGCACAGAGUCUAAUGAAACUGGUGGAAUUAAAGGAGAUUGUGAGGCAGCCGGGACAAAAACUGCGGAGGAAUCGGAAAAUGGGUGCACUUCUGAGACUGGCAGCAGCGUGGCCACCUAUCGUGCGAGCAUUCUCGACUUGCCGGAUGAGAUUAUGAUAAAGAUCAUGUCGUACCUGACCUUCAGUGAGCUCUUAGACGUAGUGCAGAAAGUGUGCUCGCGUUGGAAGUGUCUGUCCCAAGAUGCGGAAUUGUGGUACGACAAAGUAUACGUUGUCAGGAGCUGGUGCUGCAGCCACUCCGCCACUCGCAGGGGUGACAAAACGGAUCGGGAGGCGGUGCAGACGCUCUACAAUGCGCCCAACCUGCGCACGGUGCUCAUCCAGCGGGGAGCCAAGUCGAGCGUCUUCCGCGCACUCUACACCAACUGCCGACAGCUCACCAAUCUGCAGAUUGGUGCCACGCAGAAAUUGAGCUACUCGGUGAUGAAGAGCCUGGUGGAGAAAUGCUCGAAGAUCCACACGCUGCGCAUCUCGAACCACCUGCUGCAGAGCCCGAAGUUCGUGGAGGCGCUGUCGCAGCUACAGCACCUGCACUGGCUGCAGCUGGAGGAGUACUCGGCGACCGACCAGCGCGUCCUGCUGCGCCCGCUGGCCGACGGCUGCCCGCAGCUGUCCGAGGUCGACCUCGGACACAUGUACUACGACUUCGAGGACCUCGCCUACUUCCUCAGGGCCAAGAGCCGCAACCUCAAGUACCUGGGUGUCCGGUGGUCCAUGGAGUCGAGGAGAUGUAUUGUCCCACUGCUAACAGUGUGUGCAGACACCUUGGAACGCCUCGAACUUUACCAGUACGAUGUGCCUCGCAAUGAGGCGCGUGAGGCAUUCGUGGCUCUGGGCAAGCUUCAGAACCUGCAAGAGCUCACUUCAAUGUCCUUGGACUCGUCUUUGACAGGAAUUGUUCCUCUGGCAUUCAGGGAUGGAGGCUUGUCGAAGCUGAAGCUGUUGGAUCUGUGGGACGGAUACGGCCUGGAAGACGACGCUGUAGUCGCUAUAUCACUGGGGUGCCCUGUUCUGCGGGAGCUGAGGCUGCGUCAUGCUAUUCGGAUUUCUGAUGCUGCAUUUUCGCAGAUCCACCAUCUCAAAUGUUUGCAACUCCUGGACCUGUCCGCGUGUGAAGGACUGGGUGGUGCCCUGAUGCCGUACCUCGCGCGGCUCCCAGUGCUGCGCGCUCUGCUCAUGGAGGAGAUGAACUUGUCGCAACUCCAGCCGGGCCUCGCCUGCAUCCUCGACUUGACCAAUCUGCGCUGUCUGAACCUCAACUCCUGCAACGUCCGAGCUGUGCCGUUCGCCAAGUUCCCCGACAGGCUGAUAAACCUCAGGAAGCUGCAUCUAGAGAACAGCGAGGGUGAUCGAAGUGUCGUGGAAGAACUGCACGAGCGAAUGGCCGAUCUGCAGAUUUUUGGCAUGGUGCGUGACGAGCCUCCGUCGGUGUUCUCGGAGAGCGACUUGAGUGACGACUCCUCCGAUUAUGAUGAUGAUGACGAUGAUGACGAUGUGGGUGGAGGGAAUGGAGCGGGUCCAGGUGGCGGCAAUGCAGCUGGAAACUACAACUCUGAGAAUUACUGCGCCGGCGGUGGCUGCAGCGACAUUGAAGACGUCGACGUCUCGCUCCUCUUUCUGGAGAAUGGGGAGCUUGAGUGACCCAGCAUUGAGAGUGACCCUGAAAUUUCACAUUUGAAGAAUAAACGAAUUUGCAUGUGUGAUUCAGAAUAUGAAAAUUGUCACUACAGUGUGAAAUGCUCUGAUCUUUGAUGAAAUUUGUUACCUGAAAGAAAGAAGAAAAGUUUUCUGUAACAUUACCUGCAAUUUUGCAGUAAUGUUAUUUUAUGGCUCCUGUUUCUAAAGGGUGGAUAAUUUUCUUUUAAUAGUACCAACAAGUAUUUCAAAAUAAUGUUGCAAGUCAAUUUUGUAUUUUGUAUUAGGUUUCAUAGAAUUUAUUCUAGUCACUAAUUGUAUCUGUGUUAUAUA